UUCAUUUCAUUUUACGUUGUCAAGUGCUUGUGAAAUGCGAGAAGGGUCCAAGCCUGGGCCGAGUGGUGCCUCAACGGGGCUUGGUAACGACAAUAAUGGCUUAUGGAACGAAAGCAGCUUCGAAGAGCUUACGUCUUUAAAAGCUUUGCUACAUUUCCCUGAAGAAGUUGCUUUGAGACUGACCGACACGGAAUAUCAGCUAUUUUACCAGGUUCCUCCUAUAGAUUAUCUGCGUCAAGUAACCCUAGACCUCGGAGGUGAGGGUCUCGCGGGAACCAGCGAACGGCACAUGAUCAGAAGAGUUCCUGCAACACAUCAUCAGCCCACCUCAAGCACAGUCAGCGCUCUGAUCCGAAGAUUCAACGAGGUAUCAGCGUGGGUGACGGAGCUUGUCUUGGCUAGCGGGUCACAGGAGGACCGGAAAGCGGCUCUCGCCUGCGUUCUCCGGGUAGCCCUGACCUGCUGGAACAUCGGGAAUUUCAACAGCGCCAUGGAAAUCGUCGCGGGACUGAAAUCAACGAAACUUAAAGCCUUCUGGCUGAGCGUGUCUGAUGAGCCUCUACCCUCACUGGACUUCCUCUCGGCAGCCUUGCUCUCUGCAGAAUACGAAAGGGCGUUGAGCAGAGCCCUCGCCAUGCAGGAGUGCAGAUUAAUACCAUUCUUCGGUGCCUUCCUGAGAGAACUAAGAGAGAUUUUGGCUGCAACUCCAUCUCUUACCAGCACCCCAACACACAGGAGAGACUUCAAAAGGGACUCGUUGAGAGACGAUAGGGGCUCAUUAAAAAAAGACCCGAAAAGAGAAAGCGGGAAGCGCGCAGACCAAGGCACCGCGAAUAGUUCUCCGCGGGAAAGCUGCAAAAGAGAUCCCAGGCUGAACGAACAGAAUCGACAAGUCUACAUUGCGUCGUUCGAUGAAGACGGCGACCAGGCUCCAGGGUGGAGGCGCGUUGGCCCCGAGGGUCUCGUGAACUUGGAGAAGGUUUACCGGACCCAGGCAGUGAUGGACCACAUAGCAAGCUUUCACCAGCACCACUACCUGUUGUCCAGAACCCACACGCCCGUCUUCGGAGAUUACUUAAGAACAGCUCUAGCAUCCUGCGAGGAUCCGGUCUUUUCGCAGACAGCACAGAAGACAAGCGGCUGUGACUUUGAAAACGAGGCCCUCUACGAGCUAGAAGGCGGCGGUUACAGUCCUGUUCAGCCGUUACCGCACGACCACGGAGUCACUAUGUUUCCUCUGGCCCCGCAAAAUGGAGAAAGAAUAGAUAGGCAUGUAUUGCAGAUUCUGCAUCACGGUACCACUUGCGUGGUAGGAGAUUCAGAGUGGAGCGGGAACCUAGCUCAUUUGAGGUUAGAGAGAGCCUGCGCUCUACUCUCGUGGACCAGAACAAGUCAUAGACCCCAUAGCUGUCACGGUGAAACCCCAUCAGACAACGUUCAGCAAUCUGAAGUCAGCUUCUCAUACAACCCCGAGGAAGUCAUUCCGUUGAAGUACACAGCGAAUAUACAUGAAAACGAAGCGGGGGUGGUCGGAGAAGAAGGGUUCAUCGAUCUCCAAUGCGUGAAGGACAUGAGACUGAAUGGGAGACUACUAGAUUCAAGAGACGCCUCGGAGCUGACCUCCUGCGCUAAAAGACACGGCCUGGACUGCUCCAGCGGACCCAACAUAAUCUCUCUGGUCUACGGAAGGACGUUGAGUGACAACCGCAUUGUGCAUUUCGUGCUUCCUACGUAUUCGUAUAAGGUUUGGGCUAUUGGACUUCAUUCGGUGAUCAGGGCCCUCAUGAGCCAAGAGAAACUUGCCGACAGGAGUCUGACGUGGCUGAAAAACAAAUACACGGCCUUGUACUACGAAGACGGGUGCUGUUGCGAGCCAUUGGUAUCAGACGCCAUUCGGGUCUUCGGAGGAAGAGAGUCGGCGUACGGCAGCUCUUCCCACUCGACUCCCGUGAAAGGAACAUGCUCUGAUUCUCAUACUGACUCCACCAGAAGUUCCGGGAUUAAAUUCAAGAAGAACAAGUCUACGUCAGAACUGAAGAGUUCUCCAAAGAGCUACGGGUCCCACGCCUCUGGUGCGAGAAGCGAAGACGAGAUCCAUGGUUCUCCCAGACACAGCAUGUAUUCUACGAUGAGCUACCACCACCCCUGCCCCCCACGACACAACAGCUUGACAAUGGCUUCGUCCAGCAUUGCGACUAGCUCCCCAAACAGGAGUAGCUUACGAAGAAUAGAGAACAGUGAACGUUUUUGGGAGAAUCUGAAGCACCUUCGGGCCGGAUCCGUCGGCUACGACACUCAGCUGGACUUCAUGGGCUUCGUGGCUCUGUUCAGAAGCUUCAGCUUGGCGAUGCGUUCUGAACUAAGAGAAGUCUUUGAGCAACUGGCCGUGCCAAGGCUGAACACCCAGCUCCUCGGCGAGAAGAGCAGGAGCUCACCAGAGCUGUUCCGAAACAGAGCUGUCUUUAGGACCGGCCUGCUCACAAGGAACGGGUCUUUGGACUUAGAACCGCCCACCGACAAAGCUAGCAGGAAGAAAGCCUUCGAUCUUUUGGCCGGUGCGGCCCUGCCAGGUAGUACCAGUCCUGAUGUGAGCGGGCGUGUCCUAUCGCUACCCACCCUGGGAAAGUUCUGCGAGGCCAGACAAAUGGAACCGAAAACCGAGCAGCAACUGAAGGAAAUAAUCCAGAGGCACGAACCGGACCCGUUGCUGAGGGCUGACCACUGCCUCUCCUUCGAGGGUUUCGUGAGGUUUCUAACGGACAAAGACAACUAUGCCUUCGUCCCUGAGCAGAGAAGGGCUUCUAAUUUCAACACCACUUCAAGCGAAGACGAAGGCCUGGAAAGGACCUCGAAGGACAUGACGGGGCCACUAAGCCAGUACUACAUAGCCAGCAGCCACAACACGUACCUUACUGGACAUCAGCUGAAGGGCGAAUCCUCAGUCGAGCUGUAUAGUCAGGUGUUAUUAACGGGAUGCCGUUGCGUCGAGCUGGACUGCUGGGACGGUGACGAUGGAAACCCCGUGAUCUACCACGGCCACACGUUCACGACGAAAAUUCAGUUCCGUCGAGUUGUUGAAACUAUUGCGAGGAGCGCGUUCGUUGCAUCGCCGUACCCCCUGAUCUUGAGUAUUGAGAACCAUUGCAGUCUCCCGCAGCAGCAAGUAAUGGCUAGCACAUUUGAGGCAGUUUUCGGAGACAAACUGGUCACGUCGUUUUUAUUCGAAGUCGACUAUACAGACGAACCGAGACUCCCUAGUCCGGAGCGACUAAAAUAUAAGGUCCUCAUCAAGAAUAAGAAGCUGCUGCCAUUCGAAUCGAGUCCCACAGUAGGCUUGGGGGCCAGCUCAUCCCAGGGCUACGGGGGCGUGCUGACCACCCCCAGCAGUGCGAGGACGAAUGAGAAGCCAGCCACCGCGUCACUACCAGAUAGCAACCGGACCAGUUCCGGAGUCUCCCAGCAGUCAGGAAGCUCGCUGACCGAAUACUUCUCCGACGAAGACUACGAGGAAGACGACGACGAUAUCGAUGAGAAAGAGCUCCACAAGAUCCUAAAUUCGAUGGAAGAUAAGAGCGGUAGGACGUCUCUCUCGUUCUACCAGGGCUUCCGUAGGAGCGAGGGGGACGGAGAAUCUUCAAGCGUCAAACAUUCGACCAGGAAGAGAAGCAAUCAGAUCGCCCGGGAACUUAGUGAUAUGGUCAUCUACGUUCAGGCGAUCAAGUUCCGCGGCUUGAAUCCUCUAUCACCGAAGAGUUCCAUCAGACAGCCCAAGUCCAAGGAGACGGCUCCAAGCAGCUUCGAGUCCUCCGAAAGCAGCGACAGCACCAGCGCGCAAAUAGCUCAAGGCACGAGGCCUCGCUGCCUCAACGCUCCGGCUGUCCACCACCCUUGCUACCGAUGCUCCUCAGUCAACGAAGCCAUCGGGAAGAAGAUAUGCAGGAAGCACCCAGUAGCCCUGAUCGCUCAUACGGAAACGCAACUCGUGAGGACCUAUCCAGCCGGCAUACGGAUAGACUCGUCCAACUUCGACCCGGUCACGUUCUGGGCUUGCGGCGUGCAGAUGGUCGCUCUCAACUACCAAACCGAGGACGCCGCGAUGGCCAUCAACGCCGCAAUGUACGAGAGCAACGGGUGCCUGGGCUACGUCAGGAAACCCAUAGUCAUGUGGGACCCUUCGCACAUAGCCUACAGAAGAUUCAAUCCAAUGGAUAAAGAGUUCGAUGGUAUCCACGCGUCUCACCUGACCCUGGCGGUCAUAUCCGGGCAGUACGUGGCCGAAAACGUGUACUCCUUCUACAACGCCUUCGUUGAGGUGGAGAUACUUGGAGUGCCCGCCGACUGCAGGAAGAUCAGGACCAAAGUGGCCAGGAGGAACGCUCUGAACCCCGUCUGGAAUGAAACCUUUAAUUUCAAGAUAAACUUUCCCGAGCUGGCUUUCGUUCGCUUCGAGAUAUACGACGCGGAUACCAACUACAUGUUGUCGCAACGGGUCAUCCCACUGCACUGCCUCAGACCAGGGUACCGGCACGUCCGGCUGCGGUCCCCGACCAACCAGCCGUUAAACAUGGCGUCUCUGUUCAUCUUUUCCCGCUGCUCUGAGGAGCUGGCUGGAGAGAGUUGCCGGAACGAUCUGGACUCCAAUUCUCCCCACGAAAGACUGAAGAUACAUUUCAUUGUGGUCUACGCGGUCUCAAGGAAUGAACCUUAUUCUAUUCUGAAGGUGACGCAAGAUACCACAGCUAAUGAGGCAAUAGCGCAGUGCUUAGCCAAGGGUGGUCUUUGCGGGUCGUCCCGGGGCAGCUACGUGCUAGUGGAGGAGUGCAGAGGAAACGCUCGCCAGCGGGUCCUGGCUCCUCACGAGAGGGUGCUGAGGGCUGGCAACUCUAGGCUACUCCUGAAACGAGUCGGUGACGACCCUAGCAGCAGGGCUUGGCUUACUAGCAUACGGUCAACGUCCUCGGACCGCAACAAGGAUCGCUCGGUGCCUUCGGACGAGGAGUCCACUCAGGAUGAGGAGCCUCGGCGCGCGGAUAGCUACCUGGUCUGCGUUCACAACGUCUCGCACGAGAUCCCGUACGCAAUACUCAAGGUACCUCUGGGGGCGACAGCGUCGUUUGUCGUCCACCAAGCGCUUACGAAGGCCAGAUGUCAAGAGGACCCCAAAAGAUUCGUGCUAGUUGAAGAAUUGGAGUGGGGCGGGAGAGCUGGUGGUGGACCUCAGCAAAGGGCGUUAGCUGAUGAUGAAGUGGUAUACGCAGCUCAGGCCAGCUGGAAGACCUUAGGUAGAUUUGUUCUGCAGGAGAAAGGUUCGUCGGCUCCUUUGCCGAGACACCGCGCGGCCAUCGCUAGAAUCCAAAGGGGACUUAGCAUCACAAAAGGCGCUUUUACUGGUAAUGCUGGCUUCCCGAUCGGCAGUUUCGGGUCCUCGGAGACGCCCGAAGGCAAAACUCCAGUUCAAACGGCCUAUAGCGACCCCACGCACUGCAGGAGAUUAUCAACAGCUCCUCUGGGGAAAGGGAUAGAGCGAGCCAAGGGGCACUCGGAUAAGGACUUCAGGACCUACAUGCAAAGAAGGCAGGGCUGCAGAGAGGUGCACUCCGAAGGCGAGACCGGUGGAUCCCUGGGAGCUGAAGCGUUGGCCGCCCAGGUGGCUCGCUUCAAGAGAGUCUCUUUACGGAAGCUCAGGGCUUGGCGCUCCUGAGUGUGGCAGGUUCUCCGCCGACUAGGGAACAGUCUGGCGAACCAUCGUGCGUCCCUUUCAUCUGAGCUAGGCUCCUUAUGGGAUUUCUUCAAGAUAGAGCGCGACAGGCGGAGAUCCGCGACG